GCGGCGCUUCCGCAAAGAUGGCGGCGGCUGCAAGCGUCGGCGCUCGGCUGGCGGUCUGGGGCGAACGACUGCGGCGCGGGCUCGCCGCCGGCCGACGGACUGUGCCGAGCCCUGGCCCCUUGGCGGCGGCAGUGGCCGGCGCGGCCCUGGCAGGAGCAGCAGCUGCCUGGCACCACAGCCAUGUGAAUGUCGCGGCGCGCGAGGGCAGCCUCAGCGUCCUACCUCAGAAAAAUGCUGACCCUGGAAUAAUAGAAAAAUUGUCUCUUCGUAAACAGCGUUUCAUGCAGUUUUCUUCACUGGAACAUGAAGGAGAGUAUUAUAUGACACCACGAGACUUCCUCUUUUCAGUAAUGUUCGAGCAAGUGAAACGUAAAACUCUAGUCAAGAAGCUAACAAAAAAGGAUAUCGAAGACGCACUGGCAGGAAUCCAGACAGCUGGUUAUGGAUCAACUUUUUUUAGAGACCUUGGUGAUAAAGGGCUAAUUUCAUAUACUGAGUAUCUUUUCUUGCUUACAAUCCUCACUAAGCCCCAUUCUGGGUUUCAUGUUGCUUUUAAAAUGCUGGAUGCAGAUGGUAAUGAGAUGAUUGAAAAAAAGGAAUUUUUUAAGCUGCAGAAAAUCAUAAGUAAACAAGAUGACUUGCUGACAGUGAAAACCAGUGAAACAGAAUGUCAGGAACCAGCAGCAAAAGAACCUGAAAUUAAGACAACCCUUCAGUUACGUUUCUUUGGAAAAAGAGGAGAAAGGAAACUUCAUUAUAAAGAAUUUCGAAGGAGCAUUAGUUUGGAUGAGUUCAAGUCAUUUUGCCAUUUUACCACCCACUUGGAAGAUUUUGCUAUUGCCAUGCAAAUGUUUAGUUUAGCUCAUCGCCCUGUCAGACUAGCGGAGUUUAAGAGAGCUGUGAAAGUAGCAACAGGGCAGGAGCUCUCAAACAAUAUUUUGGACACUGUCUUCAAGAUCUUUGAUUUGGAUGGUGAUGAGUGUCUCAGUCAUGAAGAGUUCGUUGGGGUGUUAAAAAACAGGAUGCAUCGAGGUUUAUGGGUACCACAGCAUCCAACCGUACAAGACUACUGGAAAUGUGUGAAGAAAGAAAGCAUUAAAGGAGUUAAAGAAGUCUGGAAACAAGCUGGAAAAGGUCUUUUUUGAUAAAAGAUAAUAUGGCAGUUAUAUUGCUCCAAAUGUCAGAAUUUGAUUUUUUUUGAAUUAUCAGCUGUUUGUCUUCUUAAGUCUUUAUUGAUAUCCUUUGUAAUGUAAACAUACCUUGUACUUGCUUGCUUUUUUUUUUUUUUUUCUCCUGUGGUCUUGUCUGAAGCCUUCUACUUGCUUUCUGAUUCAAUAACUUCAGUAAAGAACUUAGCAAAAAGAAAAGAAGGUAUUCUUUUACCCAAACAGAUAUUAGAUUCUGCCAGAAGGCCUAGAUUUGAAAUGUUUUAUACUUUGGUAAGAUGGAAAGCCUAGUUAUUCACUGAUUUCUUAGACACGAUAGCAUGAUAUGCUUUCUGAAAGGAUAAACAAGUACUUAUGCGGAAAAAGUGCUUGAUAUACAAGGCCAGUAUCAAUUCCAG